AUGGCGGCUGCCUCCCAGUUUGCCAGUCGAUACAAAAAGGAUUUGAGUACGGAAGCCCUGAGAACCAAAGUUGCCCGCAGGAAAUCAAUGCUUCAAAAGGAGAACAGACACAAGUUGUUUGAAAAGGGCAGACAGUUUGGAUUGGCGGAUGUCAACGUCCAGCUCUCCAAAGAGAGGGGCAUUUCUCAGCUCAAUGAGACAAGUGAAAUGUGCGCUCAAGAGAACGGCAGUGUAAAACAGAAGCGACCGACCAGUGCAGCCACCAAGCAGAUGAAUGAGCGCAAGGAAAUGCUCCAGCGCUAUAAAGAAGAAAAGGAACUUCGGAAACUGAGAGAGCAGAGAGAGAAAGCGAAAAAGGGUGUGUUUAAAGUUGGGUUAUACAGACCAACUGUGCCUGGGUUUCUUUCUCUUGAAGAUCCAGUGACAGUGAAGCCAAGAGAGAAGGCACCUCCUGCUUUCUCCGGGAGGAUUACGCGAUCAAAGGCUAAGAACCAAGAGGAAAAAGCGGUGAUCCCAGCUGCACCUAAGCCCUCUACGGUCUGUGCCAACGGGCAUGGUGUGCGCCCUACGCUAGCAGGGCGUAAACAGAUGGGUACAGACAAAGCAGCUGAAAAAGGGAAAGCGUUGCAGCCUGCAGUCCAGACAGCCUCAAAUGUAAGAAUCACCCGAGCAGCCUCCUCUGCAGCUAGGCAGAUGCUGAAAACAACAGCUACUGCUGCUACUACUGGUAACCAGUCACAGAGGAAGACAGCAAAUGUAGGCAAGCAGAAAAAAGCAGUCAGACCUGACACCACGGAGGUCAUUCCUUCUAAACGCGAGGUGGAUAAAAACGCUCAACGGGAUCCAGCAGUGAAAGGUUCUGCAGCUGAUUCUAAACAUUCAGCGUCAGUGGAACUUGGACAGGAGCUGACCUCAGUGGAAAACCAAACCGAUUCUCCUCCAGGGAGGCCCAGAACAUGCUCUUUUGCACCUCAAAACUUUGUGUUUCAGCCGUUAAAUGGCUUAGUGAGCUACAAAGUUACACCCAUGACUCCUUCUAGGGCAAAUGCGUUUUUGACACCCAAUGCCUUCUGGGAUUUCUCGAAAUCUCCAGCUAAUAUAAUUGAAAAAUCCAGUGAAACUAAGGCACGAGAGCUUGAUUUAAGAAGUCGAGUUUCACCUGCAGGUGAAGGCCUUCAAGAACAGCAAACCACUACAAGUUUGAAAGAAGAAACAGCAAGUGACGCAAGUGAGAAAACUUCCAUUCAGAGAUCAAAUGAAACAAUUCCUGUCUCUACAGAUACAACAGCACUUGGAACGAAGUCAGAUGAUAUAAGAGAGCAAGAGCAUGAUGUGCCCUAUUUCAGAAACAUUCUUCGAUCUGAGACAGAGAGGCUGAUGUCUCAGUGCCUCCAGUGGGAUGGAAAAUUUGAGCUGGACAUUCCAGAGGAUGCUAAAGAUCUCAUUCGCACCACAGUUGGUCAGACAAGGCUGCUCAUAGCAGAAAGGUUUAAACAGUUUGAGGGACUGGUGGAUAAUUGUGAAUUUAAACGAGGUGAAAAAGAAACAACGUGCAUGGACUUAGAUGGAUUUUGGGAUAUGGUUCAUUUUCAGAUUGAAGAUGUGAAUAAAAAAUUUGAUAAUCUGAAGAAGCUUCAAGACAAUGAGUGGCAACCACUUGAUGUCCCAAGCAAAGCAAUUGUCAAGAAGAAGACUGUUCCAAAUGGAGUGUCUAAACCAAAGCUGGGAGCAGCUGCAACAGCUGCUGCCCGAAACCGGCUUGCUGCUGUGAAAGCAGCUAUGAGGGAUAAAAUGAAACAUGACGACGCAGUUGAUUGCACCCAUCAGGAGAAACCACCACAAGUAGAAACGGUGGUUUUUGAAGCGGGAUUUUUCAGAAUUGAAAGCCCUGUUAAAACCUUUCCAGGCUUGCUUGCAAAGACACCUCGCCGAUCCUCCCAGCGGACCUCUGAAAGACUGGCAACUCCGAGGUCAUCCAGCAGAGCUUUGCUUCAGAGCCUUCCCUCGGUUCUUUGUGACCCUGAGGACACAACUGCAAAACAACCCACACCAGUGCUCCAAGGCUUCCACCCAGCACAACAUUUGAAAAUGCACCAAUUUCCCGCUGGAGAAACUUCCCCACUGGAAAAACUCCCUGGUGGUUUUCUUGAACAAAGCAUUUCCCUAGUUGCAGAAGAGCUCUGUCCCGUUGCUGGCACAGCAGAGGGAACUGAGGUGCUGGAAAAUUCUAGCAGUGAAUUCAAAGUAAGGGAUGGCGCAGAAGAGAUGGAAUUAUCUGCUGCAGAACAAGUGCAAGAUAUUGUCAUGUGCAGCCCGGAGAAGGGGACCGGCACAGAGACUGGCUUUGCUCGGUCUGGAGAACCAAAACUACUCCAACCAGGUGUUUCAUUUAGCGAUUUGGCACCCGUUGACAGAAAUCCUUUUGAUAUGCCCAUGCUGGACGCUGAGCUUCCCUUCACCCCAGUCAAGAGCCAAGCCCAGAAGUUUGCAGCAGCUGAAGCGUUCAGUGACCUUAUUGUGUUUUCUCCUCUUUCUCCCUCUGGGGAAAAAUGA